AGCGGGGCCGGUGGGGAAGCGCCGGCGGCGGCAGCGCUGAGCUCUUUCCCCAGAGCUUUGCAGCCCUGGUCCCAGACAUGGCACCUGGGAAGCCUGGGAAGAGCACAGGGGCCUCAGAGAACCCCUCAGUUACACUUUUCCGGGAGUACCUGAAGAUUGACACUGUCCACCCUAAACCUGACUAUGACGCAGCUGUCCGGUUUCUGGAACGUGUUGGCACCGACCUGGGCUUGGCCUGCCAAAAAGUGGAGGUGUGCCAGGGCCGUGUGGUGCUGAUCCUGACCUGGCAGGGCACGAACCCCCGCCUGCGCUCCAUCCUUCUCAACUCCCACACUGACGUCGUGCCUGUCUUCGAGGAGCACUGGACCUACCCACCCUUCGAGGCAGUUAAAGACUCGCAAGGCAACAUCUAUGCCCGGGGUGCCCAGGACAUGAAGUGCGUCUCCAUCCAGUACCUUGAGGCCAUCCGGAGGCUGAAGACAGAAGGGAAGUCUUUUGCCCGCACCAUCCACCUCACCUUUGUGCCUGAUGAGGAGGUGGGCGGACACAAGGGCAUGGAGAUGUUCGUGCAGCGUCCUGAGUUUAAAGCACUCAACGUGGGCUUUGCCAUGGAUGAGGGCCUGGCCAGCCCAUCUGACACCUUCAGUGUCUUCUAUGGUGAGAGGAGCCCAUGGUGGAUAAAGGUGAAGUGCAUGGGUAGCCCUGGGCAUGGGUCCCGCUUCAUCAGCAACACAGCGGCUGAGAAGAUGCACAAAGUCAUCAACUCCUUCCUGGCCUUCAGGGAGAGCGAGAAGCAGAGGCUCAAGUCCGACUCAAGCCUGACCCUGGGGGAUGUCACUUCUCUCAACAUGACCAUGCUGGAGGGGGGUGUCUCCUUCAACGUGGUGCCCUCCGAGAUGGCUGCCAGCUUUGACAUCCGCAUCCCACCCACCGUGGACCUGAAGGCCUUUGAGGAGCAGGUGACCACAUGGUGCCGUGAUGCUGGGGAAGGUGUCACCUGUGAGUUCCACCAGAAAUGCAUGGACCAACACAUCACCUCCACUGAGGAGUCAGACCCAUGGUGGAAGGCCUUCAGUGGGGUCUGUAGGGACAUGAAGCUGCAGCUCAAGCUCGAGAUCUUCCCGGCUGCCACCGACAGCCGCUACAUCCGAGCGGCAGGACACCCUGCUAUUGGCUUUUCACCCAUGAACCGCACCCCGGUGCUGCUCCAUGACCACAAUGAGUUCCUGAACGAGCAAGUCUUCCUGCGGGGCAUCGAGAUCUACGCCCGCCUCCUGACUGCCCUGGCCUCAGUGCCCCCGCUGCCCACCGAGGGCUGAGUGCCUGGCGAGGGGCAGGGAGUGCCAAGCAGAGACCCAAGGCUUUAAAAAGAGGGGCAGGGGCUGGGCAGAGCAAAUACCUGCUGCGGUGCUGGGGAUGUGACACCCGCAGGGUUGUGUCCUCCUUGGCCAUGUGCCAGCAGAGCCUCAUGCCCAGGUGCCUCCAGCCUUCCUGGUGUUGUCAGUGCCUCCCCCUUUCUCUGUGCCAUCUCUGGCUGCACUGGCUGGGUGGUGAGGGGCUGGCCAGUGCCCCAUUCUGUCUCCCCAUGCCUUGCCCUGCCUCCCUGCCCGCUUGCUGGGGGAGAUGAUGGGCCAGUGCUGCCCACUCUCCCUAUCAAUAAAUCUCCUCGGUAAGCACA